CGUGCAUAUAGUUGUGGUGGGACAUGGUUCAGAGAGUGCAAUUGACGCGUAAGAAGCCUUACAACACGAGGUCGAACAAAAAGAAAAUUAUCCGGACACCGGGAGGCAGACUCACCGUGAAAUAUCUCACAAAGCGCAAGUCGAUUGUGAAGUGUGCUGUCUGCAAGGACAAACUACGUGGAAUCACUCCUGCCAGGCCUGCCACCAAGGCUCGACUGCCCAAGAAGGCCAAGACAGUGUCGAGGAUAUUCGGGGGGAAUCGGUGUCACAAAUGUGUCAAAAAUACCAUCAAACGUGCCUUCUACAUCGAAGAACACAAAAUUGUCAAAAAACUGGGCUCCACUCUCAAGAAACCCGCCGUGGUUGCUUAGACUGACCUUGUUUUAAUUCCUUCUUUUCAUU